AUGGCCGACAACGACAAGCCAGAGCUCACGCCCGCCGAGGAGGCUGCCGCCCGCGCCAAGGAGACGGAGGAGCAGAAUGCGCUGCCGUACAAGUGGCAGCAGACCAUCGCCGACGUCGACAUCACCUUCAGCGUCCCCGGCAACUACAAGAGCAGGGACCUUGUCAUCGAUUUCAAGAAGACCAAGCUCUCGGCCGGCGUAAAGGGCCAGGAGCCCAUCGUUAGCGGCGACCUCUCCCACGCAAUCCUCGUCGACGACUCAACCUGGACCCUGUCCUCCGCCCCCGACGGCACAAAGACGGUCGAGAUCCAUCUCGACAAGGUCAACAAGAUGGAGUGGUGGGCGCACGUCGUCACCACGGCGCCCAAGAUUGACGUCUCCAAGAUCACCCCCGAUACGAGCAAGCUCUCCGACUUGGAUGGCGAGACCCGCGGCAUGGUGGAGAAGAUGAUGUUUGACCAGCGCCAAAAGGAAGCGGGCCUGCCCACCUCGGAGGAGCAGAAGAAGUUUGAUAUUCUGAAAAAGUUCCAGGCUGAGCACCCCGAGAUGGACUUUAGCAAUGCCAAGAUUAGCUAG